CGUGAAUAGUCAUCAUUAUUUUUUUGUGAAUAAAAUAAGGUCCUAGUGUAUCAGAUACAAAAUGAAAUACAUUAUUGUGGCAGUUGUACUUAUAUCGGGAGUUUUAUCUGCUCCAGCACCUCAGGAAUCAUCACCAGUAUCUCAAGUUGUUAAUGCAGCAGCAACUAUUGUGAGAUAUUUCUUCGAUUGGUACCCAAAUAAUGAAGGAUACAGAUACACAUAUGAGUUGUCUGAUGGACAAAUUCGCAGUGAAGAAGGCAAAUACAAAGACGGAGAAGAUAUUGAUGGAAAUCCCGUCAAAAUUCUCGUAGUCCAAGGAGCCUACUCACAUGUAGGACCUGAUGGUGAGACAUACUGGGUCAACUACCAAAGUGACGAGAAUGGUUACAAGCCAAAAACAGGAAAGGGUGUAGGUGGAAUCAAGCCUGGUGAGGAUGCAUCAAUCGAUCCAAAUCUUUUGAAAUCAUUAAUUGGUUAAGUGCCAUAAAUUACCAUAAACGAAAUUUCAUUACAAACAUGAAGACAGUCAUCUUUUCGCCAAUAGACUUUUUGUUUUGUAC